CCCCGAUCGAGCACCUUCGAUCAAUAACACCUUGGACAUCAACAACCCAAAACUGAGGAAUUUUAGCCUACAGGAGAACAAUCCCCUACACGAAGACCCAACACUGCUUCGUCCUAAACUUUCAAGGCACAACUCAGCUUCGAAACUGUCAAGAUGACAACUCCCCAGGCUGUUGCGACGGAAUUCGUCCAGUUCUACUAUAGCCAGUUCGACAAGGGAAGGGAGGCGCGCGCCGCAUGGUCGAACUUGGUCUACACUGAUCAAUCCGUCCUGACCUUCGAGUCGACCGAGCACCGAGGAAAGACCGCGAUUGCAGAGAAGCUGUCGGGUCUGCCUUUUGAGGUUGUCAAGCACCAGGUCUCAACACUUGAUGUUCAGACCACGGUUCACGAUGGUAUCAUCAUCUUGGUCACCGGCCAGCUGCUGGUCGACGAGGAGCAGCGGCCCAUGAACUUCAGCCAGGUAUUCCAGCUCCUCAAGGCUGAGGAUAGGUGGUAUGCACUCAAUGACGUCUUCAAGCUGGUGCUGGGUUGAGUUGUCUUGCAAGCCUGAAAGUCCCCUCGGAUUGCCAAUGGUUUCUAUUCCGCAGUAUGGAGCAAGACUCGGCGCAAAAGACUUGAAGUGCGGGGGCGAUAAUGUUUAUGUAUUCGACCAAAGAUUGGAAGGCCGGCAGUUACUCGUAGUUGGUACACCGUAGCGGGAACUACGUCGCGACCUUUGAACCAUUUCUUCCGAUUAAACAACAAAUAUCAACUUUUGUGCUUUGGUGCCGAGCAUACAAGGUCUCUACGAUGAGAGGCAUGAUUAUGGUACAUUUUCCCUCAAAAAUCUAGGGCUUGGCAAAGAAAACAGCGGAUACGGGCUAGGCACGCGACAUAAGUCCGUGCAAAGUCUCGCGUACCUUUUGGUUACGCGCCACUCGUUUGGAACUAGGUAAAUAAUCAUUUCAUUCAGCGUCAGGCUGAACAAAACGAUAUGAGGUCGGGAGGACCGGAAUGCACCCACGAAUUAUUGUUGAUUGCCUGCGUGGUAAUGUGGAACUUGUCUCCAGUGGGCCGCGCCAUCAAGCUCGACUCAAUGAGUCAACGAUCAGGUAGAUCAAGUAAGUUCAGUCUGCUUGGCCUCGAUGGUGAUCGAGUACGAUGUCC